CGCGAUUGUUGUGCACACGUGAUGAUAGUGAUUUCCUCUGUCACUACAGAACGGCUCACUGUUAACUCAGGACAAUACGUUAUAGUGGCAAAAAAAAAAGGCGGCCGGAUCUUUGGGCGUUCAUACACUACUUGGAUAUUUUAGCAAAGGCUGAAAGACAUCAUCCUGGAGCCUCCGAGUCCUAUGGGCCCCCCAGUCCAGGUCCUGGACCAGUGGGAAGUAUAUGAAGACAUUUCUGGAAGAAAAUUUUAUGUGAAUAUCAUUAGUAAGGAAAGAUCUUGGAAGCCCCCAAGGUCAAUCCCACCGAAGACUGACACCAAGGCACCACCCCAAUCUCCGCAGGAGAAGCCAUCGACCAUACAUAAUGCGGGUGCUGUACAGAUGAGGAUCAAAAGGCCCAAUUCACAACAUGAGCGACUGAGCCAGAGCAAAUCUAUGGUCCUUAUUGAGCCUGCAGAAACGACAAAGCCGAUCUCUCGUCAUCGGAGGAAUCAUUCUCAACACUAUCUGACUGACAGCCUCGUUCAGAAGGGUCUUACGGUAAAUCAGAACAAAGAAGGAAUUUUAAAUAAAACCAAGAUAUCAGACAAAGGAAAGAAAUUAAGGAAAAACUGGACUACGACCUACGUUGUGCUUUCUGAAGAGAGGCUGGAGUUCUACAAGGAUGCCAAGGAACUGACGGCAAAUUUGAAAUCGGGAACUAAAUCAGAGUACAUAAAUUUGCUCGGGGCUCAGAUUGAGUGGACAAGUGAGAAAUCCAGUCGAAAAAAUGUGUUUCAGAUCACAACAGAAUCAGGAAAUGAGUUCCUUCUCCAGUCAGACGCAGACGUUACCAUAAAGGAAUGGUUCUGUGCGAUCCGAAACACAAUUGACAGCUUGGGAACGUUGCAGCCAUUUUCAGCUCUGAGUGUCCGGAAGUCUGCCAGCACUGAGGUCUUACAGCAAGGGAAUGAACUGAAAGAAAAGAAAAAUGAGCAGAGAAGAUCACUGGUAUUCAGAUUAAACUACAGCUCCUCAGACUCAUCCGAGAGGAACCGAGUGAAGACCAGACUGAAGAAGUUCAUCACACGUCGUCCCUCUUUGAAAACUCUACAGGAGAAAGGACUUAUUAAAGAUCAAGUGUUCGGCUGUCACCUGGAGAGUCUGUGCAAGCUCGAGAAUACCACGGUUCCUCACUUUGUACGGAUGUGCAUAGAAGCUGUGGAAAAAAGAGGUUUAGAUGCAGAUGGUUUGUACCGAGUCAGCGGGAACCUGUCAACGAUACAGAAGUUGCGAUUUGUUGUGAAUCAGGAAGAGAAGCUGAAUUUGGACGACAGCCAGUGGGAGGACAUACACGUUGUCACUGGAGCACUCAAGAUGUUUUUCCGAGAGCUGCCGGAUCCUCUGUUCCCACAUAGCUUCUUUGAGCAGUUUGUGGAAGCAAUAAAAAUUCCAGAAAACGAUGAUCAGAUUAAAGCACUGAGGCACCUUGUGAGGCAGCUGCCGCCAUGUAACCGCGACACCAUGAAAGCGCUUUUUGAACACCUCAGAAAGAUCGUGGUCAAUGCCUCUACAAACCUUAUGUCAACACAGAGCUUGGGGAUUGUUUUCGGACCGACCCUUCUGAGACCGGAGAACGAUUUGGGGAACAUGGCCAUCUGCAUGGUUUAUCAGAAUCAAAUCGUAGAACUUAUGAUAUGGAAAUUUGAUGAUAUUUUCUGUUAGUUGGAACUGAACUGAAUGAAAAUAUAUGUUAGUCAAUAUUUAAAGGGGUAUUCCAGGAUUUUUUUUUUUUUAUUUGACUAUGCUACAGGGGCUGUAAAGUUAGUGUAGUUCAUAACAUAGUGUCUGUACCUGUGUGCGAUGGUUUUCUCACAAUUCUUAUGUGAUUUUCACCCCACUAUUUAUUUUUAACAGCAUACAAAAUGACUGUUGUCUCAGAUUUUUCCCAGGUUGCAAUGCGGCCGAGACCUGACUCACUAGUCAGCUGAUGACAGGAAGCCUGUCUGCUUCAAUGGGUGGAGGGGUCGCUUGGUGGAAGGGAGAUCAACUAAUGCAACAGCUGUAGGCACCCUGACUGAAAACCACAGGUCUUUUGAAUGGAUGCAGCUCAUUUAUGUUUCAAUGGGUGGGGUGGCUGAUGUGUGGGAGGGAGGAAAAUGGAAUUAUGGGAUUUGUAGUCAAAAAAAGAAAACUCGAACAGGAAAUACCAGUUCACAAAAAGCUAGCCACAGUGUUAUGGUAAUCUCACAACAUAGCCAUUUAGCCCCAAGACAAGCGCAGAUCCUUCCUAAGCAUGUCCAUUACUGUCUGCCAGGUACGUACUAAAAUCACCUUAUGGUGGAGAACCCCUUUAACACAAGAAGUAUACACUGAAUGAUGAGUCAACCCCCA